AUGUUUGACGUUGUCUGUGGUACCGCUAAGGCGAUUGUCGCUGAGACCCAGCCAAGAGCAUUGGCAGCCAAUGGCUUGCAGCGUCAAGGACUUAGCGAGCGGCCUGUGUCGUGUUUGAACGUCGUCGUCUCCAAGAUUGGUAUCAGUACAGUACAGUGCAGUACAAGUAUUGCAUUUGUACGAUUGGCAGCGAGGCAGGACCUCAGUAGUAGCUACCACAUAUCAUGGAAACUCUGGCCAGCGUCGGUGGGCAGAAAACCAGACAACUCCCUUGCGACAGCAUUGUUUGGCCUCUUCUGCAUCAAGAAUGGCAGAUGCAGCGCUCUCUUCACCAACUACCGUAUUUUGUUGCUGUCCGAAGACGGAGCUGCAGAAUUGGGUUUGAUACCAGAUACUUUGGCUACUUCUGAUGGAAGGAUUCGAGGACUUGUCAUCGGGCUUGGCUACCUAUAUUACUGUCUCCCCAACCUAGAAGAGACGGCAGAGAGAAGGAUCGACAUGAAUUCGGCAUCGGUGCUGCAUCUCCACAUUCUGAAUAUCAAUCCCCCGACGCCAUCAUUGCUUAAUAACGGUCUUGGAGCCAAGUCCUUCCUACCAGUAUCUGGUACUUCGUCCGGCGAAAUAAUUGUAAGUUCUUCGGGGGCUUCUACACCGUUGGCAACCUCAGCCGCCCUUGGGCAGCUACAAUUAUAUCGUCUGGACGAAGUAUCUUGGAAAGAAAUGUGCCCCGCCCCCACCUCCAUGCUGAGCUUCCAAGCUUUUGCCCAGACUGAUGCGACUUUGCGGUGGAAAUGA